AUGGGGAAUUGUGAGAUGUCUCAGGAAGAGGAUAUUAGAAAUGACAUGGGAUUUGGCCUUGUGUUUGGUGAUUUGGGGAAAGUUCAAGGAUUUGGGCCAUUGCCCUGGACUGGAUUGCUGGCAGGAAGCAGUGAUAAUUCUAUGACAAGGCAACUUAAUUAUUAUCUAAAACACAAGAAGAAUGGAAUGAGGCUAAAACUGAUGGACCUCAGCUGGAUCUCCAAAAUACAAGUGAAUCAACCGGCGGUCCUGAGACGCGCCCAACAAAUCCAGGCCCGCAGGACCGUGAAGAAGGAGUGGCAGGCUGCUUGGCUCCUGAAAGCUGUUACCUUUAUAGAUCUUACUACACUUUCGGGCGAUGACACAUAUUCCAACGUUCAAAGGCUCUGUUAUAAAGCCAAGUAUCCAAUCCGGGAGGAUCUCCUGGAAGCUUUAAAUAUGCACGAUAAAGGCAUCACGACGGCUGCCGUUUGCGUCUACCCUGCCCGCGUGUGUGAUGCCGUGAAAGCGCUGAAGGCUGCCGGCUGUACUAUUCCCGUGGCAUCAGUGGCCACCGGCUUUCCAGCUGGACAGACUCAUUUAAAAACACGAUUAGAAGAGGUCAGAUUGGCUGUGGAAGAUGGAGCUACGGAAAUCGAUGUGGUAAUUAACAGGACCUUGGUGCUGACAGGCCAGUGGGAAGCCCUGUAUGAUGAGAUUCGUCAGUUUCGCAAGGCCUGUGGGAAGGCGCAUCUCAAAACCAUCUUAGCAACAGGAGAACUUGGAUCGCUCACUAAUGUUUAUAAAGCCAGCAUGAUAGCAAUGAUGGCAGGAUCAGAUUUUAUUAAGACUUCUACUGGAAAAGAAACAGUAAAUGCUACCUUCCCGGUAGCUAUAGUAAUGCUACGGGCCAUUAGAGAUUUCUUCUGGAAAACUGGAAAAAAGGUAGGCUUUAAGCCGGCAGGAGGCAUCCGCAGUGCCAAGGACUCCCUGGCCUGGCUCUCCCUCAUAAAGGAGGAGCUGGGAGAUGAGUGGCUAAAGCCAGAGCUCUUUCGGAUCGGUGCCAGCGCUCUGCUUUCCGACAUUGAGAGGCAGAUUUAUCAUCACGUGACUGGAAGAUAUGCAGCUUAUCAUGAUCUUCCAAUGUGUUAAGCCCAAAAUGGAUUCCAGAAAACAUUUUUCACAACGUUUAAAAAUUAUUUCUCUACAUGAUUAUGAAAAUUACUUAAUUAAAAAAUGAGAGACUAGGUAACUGCCUUUUUCCCCUUAAAAUUUCCGUUGAAUUUAAUUCAGAGAAUAAAAGAAAAAUGCCAGCUAAUCCACACAUGGAACUCAUUUCAGGUACAUCUGAAAUGCCCUUAAUGACUAGAUCUGCACUGUUAAUUGUGUGAAGGUUUUCUCUUUAAAACUCUGAGUAUCACGUUAAUGACAGCAUUGACAACAUUAAAUUCUAAGGAAAAAAUGUUGACGUGCCCAAGAAACGUGCAGAAGAAACUGGCCCACUCCUUCCUUCAACGACCCUGGACUCACCGGCUCCGCACUAACUUCCUGCCAUGAAAAUCCGCCUUUAAUUUUUGCAACAGAUAUGCUCUUUUACUAAUUGUUUUAUUAAUGAAAUGCCUGUCAUUGCAAUAUGAAACUAUGGAUGUCAUUGAAUUUUUUAAAUAAAAAAAAUCCCUGUA